AUUGUCCUCUGCCUCAACCAACUGCCAUGUCCUGCUCCAUUGGCAUUCAACCGACCUCAACAUCGAUCCAUGACCCUUCUUGGGGUGCCGCCCUCAGCCUGUGGCCUGCAGGCGACCAACUCGAAGGUCUCGAGUCUAUACCGCCGACUUUUGCGACAUGGGAUUUCCCACUCGGACAGGACUUGUACAAUCCUGAUUUGGAAUUGAAUGUAACUCAUAACCCCCAACGAUCACCAGAAAACGACAUCGGUAAUGUCUCUUCAUACGGGACACAGCCUGCCCCAAGUAAUGGCCAACUCAAGAAUCGAAAAGACCGUGGCACAAAGCCCGCAAAAACAGGUAUCCAGAAGACUCCAUCACGGGAGAAAUUCUUGGAACGAAAUCGGCAAGCAGCCAGUCGAUGUCGACAGAAGAGAAAAGAGCACACACAAGUCCUCGAGUCACGGUUCAAGGAACAGUCAACCAAGCAUCAGCAGCUACAGUCUGAAUUCCGCUGUCUCCGCAUGGAGAUCCUUGGUCUGAAAAACGAAGUGUUGAAGCACGCACACUGUACAGAUAACCAUAUUUCCGAGUAUCUCACGCAGAUGCUAGAAAGGGUACACGAGUACGGGCCACAAGACAGGACGUCUAGCAUCAGUAGUUCUUCCGAACUUGAGUCGACCAAAUCGUUGGAUGAAUGUUUAACACACGCUGAUUUGAAUGAUUUGCUUGUUUCAGAAUAAUGGCUCUUAAGUCAUAUAGGGGCGUUCUGAUACUGGUUUGAGAAACUCCCUCUGUUACGCGUUAUGACCUUUUCUUUCUUUCCAAAAGACUUAUCGUUUAAUUUGCAACACUAUGUACGAACUCUCUUGUGUAUAUAUUAAUAAGGAGGUGUAUGUAUAUGUUGAGGUCGGCCCGUGGUCUCUGGCAAAGAUGCCAAUGUAUAUGCAGCUAUCAAGCCCCGCAAAGACGAUCACAAGGGACCAAAUAGAUAGUAUGACGGUACGAGCU